AUUGGGAAGUUAGAGGAAGAGCUGAGAGUGAGUGACCGUAGAAGAAGAAUAGCUCCUGUUGUCUUCCGCUGCUAAGUCUCACGUGGACCUAAUAGCGGCUUAAAGAGAGACCCUUAAAAAAGAGCAAAAUGACGCAUUUAGACGGCGUAACAAAACCAAAGACGAGGCGCUCGAAGCGUUUCCUGGAGAGCAGAGCGGCCAAACUGACGGAGGAUGUGAAGAGCGUCAUGAUCAUGAAAGGAGGGAACACCACUCAGACCAUCACUCAGGCCCUCAAAGACAUCUAUUCCCUGAAGAAACCCAACGCGGUGCUGUACAAGAAAAAGAAUAUCACUCGGCCUUUUGAGGACUCAACAUCACUGGAGUUUUUCUCCAAGAAGACGGACUGCUCUCUGUUUCUGUUCGGCUCCCACAACAAGAAACGGCCCAACAAUCUCAUCUUUGGUCGUCUGUUUGACUUCCACGUUCUAGACAUGAUUGAACUCGGCAUCGAGAAGUUCGUCUCUCUGAGUGAGAUCAAGACCUCCAAGUGUCCAGAAGGAACCAAACCCAUGCUCGUGUUUGCAGGAGAAGCUUUUGACUCCGACAACGAGCACAAACGGCUCAAGAGUCUGUUGAUAGACUUCUUCAGAGGGCCCACCGUGCCUGCGGUCCGACUGGCCGGUCUGGAGCACGUCCUGCAUUUCACUGCCGUAGAGGGGAAAAUCUUCUUGCGCAGCUACAGGUGUCUGUUAAAGAAGUCCGGGUGUCGGACCCCGAGGAUCGAGCUGGAGGAGAUCGGGCCGUCUUUGGACUUGGUUUUAAGGAGAACACACCUGGCGUCAGAUGACCUGUACAAGCUGGCUCAUAAAGAGCCCAAAGCCCUGAAGCCAAAGAAGAAAAAGAAUAUUUCCCAUGAUGCCUUUGGUACAAGGUUUGGCCGGGUGCACAUGCAGAAGCAGGAUCUGUCCAAGUUGCAAACACGGAAGAUGAAGGGUCUGAGGAAGAGGAAGGGCGAAGUGGUUGCAGAAGAGCAGGGCGGUCCGGUUUCCAAAGCUGCCAAAUCACAGAGCUGAAGCUGUUUCCUGAUGCAGUCAUGUGACUCAAAGAGUCAUGUGACAUGUUUUCUAUCACAGUUUGAGGUCUCCGAUAAGAUAUUUUCUAUUAAUCAUUUAUUAUUUGUUAGAUUCAGUAUUCGGUUUUUUUUCUAGUAAAGUGUAAAAAGAUACUUUAAAAUGAAAUAAAACUAUAA